AAGGAUGAAAAGGAAGCAAGACAAGUUGUUUUAGAUUUAUUUAAAAAGACAAAUAGACCAUUCAAUUUACAAAAUGUUAUUGAUCACUCGAAAGGUCAAUUGAAAAAGGCGAUGGCCACUAAGUGUGUUGACCAUUAUGAAAAGAAGGGUGAUUUGAGUGUAAAAGUAAAUGGUAAAACAAAGAUUUGGUGGAUCAAUCAAGAAGGGUUGGAAGUUUUGAGCAAGGAAGAGUUAAAGGAAAUUGAUGUAGAAAUUAAAGAAUUACAAGAAGAAUUAGCACAAGUUAGAUCCGAGGUCACACAACUUACAAACGAGAAAGCUAAGUUAUUGAAAGCUCCAAAAACAGAAGAUUUACCUGCUCAAAUUGCAAAGGAAAGAGCUGAUUUAGAAAAGAAGAAGGAAAAAUUAGAAUCACUUCAAUCUGGUUCAGUUAAACUAUGUACAAUGGAUGAAAAGAAGGAAGCUUUAAAGAGUAUGGAUAGAUAUCUGAAAGAAUGGAGACUAAGAAAGAGAUUAACUAAAGAAAUUAUUGAUAAGAUUUCGGAAUCUACUGAAAAGAAACCAGCAGAAAUUAUUGAUGACCUAGGAAUUGAUACUGAUGAGAUUGUUGGUGUUAGUAUAGAUCAAGUU